GAAAUUUUUUAAAGAAAGUAGUUUUUUAUUAUUAUCAAAGGAUAUUAUUUCAUUUGGAUUCCAUGCAGAUAUCCUUGAAAUGUGAACUCUUUUAAUAAUUUGUAAUAGAGGGAAAUAAUUUUUCGAAAAUGGUUGCAGCCGGUGUUGUAUGGUGUCUUCGUGAUAAUCAAUGGGUCCCUAUGCAAUUAUCUUCAAUACGAUUAAAUGGGGUCUUAACAAACGCACAUUGGACAGCGGUAAAUGAAUUAUUACAACAAUUAGCGAAUCAACAAUUAAUUAUACAAGAUACAGGUAGUGGAUUUAAAGAACUUACGGACUUACAAAAAAGUUCUUUAACAAUUCUUCCUCCAAUAUGUAAUGAUAAUCAACGAAUUAUAACUGAAGAACAAUUAUUAGAUAAAUUAAAUGUUGUUGCGCCUGUUGGUGAAGUUGUCAGACCAGCAUCUCCUGUAAACGAUGUUACUGGGGAUGAUAGUCAAACUACCACAAUCCCACAAAUAAUUAUCCAAGAUGAUUCAACAGUAUUAUAUAAUAAUUCUAAUGUAUUUAUUGAAUCUAAUUUAUUAAAUAGUAAUAAAAAUAGUAAUGUUAGUGUAAUUGGACGAUUUACGGUUGAAAAUACGUCGGAAAAUAAUUUAAUUCAAGAUGAAAAUAGUGCAAUUAUUAAUAGUGAUAAAAAUAUUGAUAGUUCCUCUUCUAAACCUAAAAGUAGUUCGUCGUCAAGAACUUCGUCAGUUGUGAUCGAUGAACUUGUGGAACAUUUAUUAGAAAAAUAUAAAACAGUGAAUUUAGGUAGCAUGGACUUACUAAAUAUUAAAUGUGAUACUAUUCAAGAAAAUAUCGAAUCUGAUUGUACUCAAACCUUACCACCAACGAAUCGUCCGAUGAAGAAGUUUAGUAUGAGUGCACUUUUAACUGAAGAAGAGCAACAGCGUCAAGCGGCUACAAAUCCAACACGUAAAUGGUCCUUACCAAUGUUACGUAAACGUUCUCGAAUUGUUGAUGAUGAGAAACAUGAGAAUAUUUUAUAUUGGUUGCAACAACAAGAGGAGAAAAGUGAUAAAAAGCCAAAAGAAAAUCGUAAAUGGUCGCUACCAAUGAAUUGGAAAAUGAAUAAAGAUGUUGAGACAUCCCCUGCAAGCCGUGGAGAUGAUAUCUUAUAUUCGUUAUCUCAUGAUCAAGGAAAAGUUAAAACGAAGGAAAAUACAAGGAAAUGGUCACUACCUAUUAAUUGGCGUAGUCCGAAAAUUGUAACCGAAUCGAUGUAUCCUGAUCGUAAAUGGAGUAGUUCGAAAAUUGUAACCGAAUCGAUGUAUCCUGAUCGUAAAUGGCGUAGUUCGAAAAAUGAACCCGAAAUGAUUUAUCCUGAUCGUAAAUGGCGUAGUCCGAAAAAUGUACCCGAAAUGAUUUAUCCUGAUAAAAAUGAAAAUAUUUUAUAUUGGUUAACACACCAGCAAGAUAAAUUGAAUUCGGGAUCUCCGUCGUCAACAAUUAAUUCGGUUAGUAAAAAAGAUGUGAAAAAUCGUCGAUUUUCACUUUCUUUUGAGGAGGAUUUAAAAUCACGUCGUAAUAUGGUUUAUCGUGGUGAUCAUCGCCGAAGAAGUUCUUCGUCGGAGUUAUUUACUGAUUUAAAAAUUGGCGACGAUAGUGGUAUCGAUGAUUCGUGUCGUAGUUCAUGCGAUAGUGGCGAUGAUUUUCGUACAAAUCAAAGUACUACACGUCAAAUGAUUACAUCAUAUUGGCGUAGACAAUUUGUGCAUAAUACAACGCGAAAACUGAGUACAGGAUCAUCGGAAGCGUAUUGUGUUUUAACAUCUGAACCAUGGUAUUUCCGCAAAAUAAAACGAAUUGAAGCUGAAAAGAAACUAUUGCUACCCGAAAAUGAUCAUGGAGCAUUUUUAAUACGUGAUUCUGAAAGCCGACAUAAUGAUUAUUCACUUUCAGUUCGUGAUGGGGAUACAGUGAAACAUUAUCGUAUACGACAAUUAGAUGAAGGUGGAUUUUUCAUUGCUCGACGAACAACAUUCCGAACAUUACAAGAAUUGGUCGAACAUUACAGUCGUGAUGCUGAUGGUUUAUGUGUAAAUCUCUGCAAACCAUGUGUACAAGUUGAAAAACCACAACCAGAAGGUUUAUCACAUCGUACUCGUGAUCAAUGGGAAAUUGACCGAUCAUCAUUGAAAUUCGUUAGGAAAUUAGGACAUGGGCAAUUUGGUGAAGUAUGGGAAGGUUUAUGGAACAACACAACACCAGUCGCUAUAAAAACAUUAAAACCUGGUACAAUGGAUCCAAAAGAUUUCUUAGCUGAAGCACAAAUUAUGAAAAAAUUACGUCAUCCAAAAUUAAUACAAUUGUAUGCUGUUUGUACAAUGGAAGAACCGAUUUAUAUUAUCACAGAAUUAAUGAAAAAUGGUUCAUUAUUAGAAUUCUUACAAGGAAAAGGACGUGGACUCAAAUUACAACAGUUAAUAGAUAUGGCCGCCCAAAUAGCAGCUGGAAUGGCAUAUUUAGAAUCACAAAAUUAUAUACAUCGUGAUCUUGCUGCAAGAAAUGUAUUAGUAGCUGAAAGUAACGUCGUUAAAAUUGCCGAUUUCGGUUUAGCAAGAUUGAUUAAGGAGGAUGAAUAUGAAGCACGUGUUGGAGCCAGAUUCCCAAUAAAAUGGACAGCGCCUGAAGCGGCCAAUUAUAGUAAAUUCUCAAUCAAAUCAGAUGUAUGGUCAUUUGGUAUUCUUUUAACUGAACUUGUCACAUAUGGUCGAAUUCCAUAUCCAGGUAUGACAAAUGCCGAAGUGUUACAUCAAGUGGAACAUGGAUAUCGUAUGCCUCCACCACCUGGUUGUCCAAACACAUUAUACGACAUUAUGUUAGAAUGUUGGCAUAAAGAUCCAAUGAAACGACCAACAUUUGAAACAUUACAAUGGAAACUUGAAGAUUUCUUUACAAUGGAAGGAUCUGAAUAUAAAGAAGCAUCAGCAUACUGAGGACACGCAAUCGUCGGCUCCUCAAUAACCAACAACACUAAUGGUGGGGGUGUUAGGAGAUCGACGUCUUCUCGUCCACGAGAACUUAUAUAUUAAAAUUGAAGACCCAAAAAUAAAAAACUAAUCUAUGGACAAAUGAAAUUUAAAAAAAAAAUAUUCAACACAACAAAUUCUAAACUGCCAUAAAACUUAAAAAAAUUAAAACAAGUAAUUAGCAAUUUUUUGAGCUAAAUAAUUAUUUGUACAAUAUUUUUAUGGAUAAAAAUAUUUUGAUAAACGAAAAAUGAACGUUAUUAGGUGUGUGACUACAUAAAAACUUUUGAUGUAUCAAUUUAUAAAUCGACGACGAAGUUUUUACUUGUAUGUACAAAAAAAUUAGUAGUUUUCGAAUUCGAUUAACGAACAAAAUGGAAUAUAUUUUAAAAUGUCUUCCCUUGUAAGUGUUUUUCGUAAAAACGUGACGUAGUGAAAAACUUACGAAAAUGAUGUUAAAACUUUUUAAAAUUUAUUAAAAUGUGGUUCACAAACGUUUGAGUCAUAUCAAGAAGUGCAUCCUAUUUUAAUAAUGGAGAAACUGGCAUAUUUAUGUCUUUGAUCCAAGAAAAUAAAACAGAAACAUCGACAAAGUUUGAAAUUAUUAAUUACAAAUUAAAAAUUUAAAUGUAGUGAAAGCACAUUUGUUGUGAAAUGUUUGAAUUUUCUUGGAUUAAUUUUAAAAUAAUAAUUUAUGAAAUCUUUUCUUGAAAUUUUUCGUCGAAUAUCGAAUUUAUCGUGUUCACUCGCUUGUUUGAUAUUGUUGCACCUCUCUAUUGAUAAUGUAGUUCGGUUCCCAUUAUUUAAAAAAGGAUAAUCUCAUUAAAAAGUUUUAAUGUCAACUUUAGGUUGAAUUUUGUAAAUAAAAUUAUCGUAAAGUACAUCUCACACCUAAUUAAGUACAUUUUUAUAUUUAAAAAAAUUUGAUAAAUGCACAAUAAUUAAUUAAUUAAUUAAUUUUACACGAACAACAUGUAAAGAAAAAAAUUUUUUCUCUAAAAACGUACACAC